CCGCUCUCUUACGAAAAGUCAAACUGCGCGCCAUUCAGUUCAAUUGCGAACUUCGUUAAACGAAAAUCGCGCACUAACCACCGCAAUUUGUUUGUUUUUAUUAAACAUUUUGCUUAGUUAACGAAAUUUGUUAUUUUUAAUUUUUGUGAUACGAAUGUUACAGUGUAAAUAGUUUAUUUUUGCGCAACCAAGGUUGAAGAUUAUAAGUUAGCACUAUGGCGAAAUACGCUUUAUCUUCUUGCUGCGGAUGUGGUUCGCUUAGAACUGGUACCUUUGUAGCAGGAAUGGCAGCAAUCAUUCUCUCUUUAAUCGGAAUAAUAGUAGUACUUUUAGUACGGGUGGAAUUUAAAACUAUAGUAUUUGACUGGUUACCUAAAUGGGCAGUUCUUGUAAUUAUCAUCAUAAACCUGUGCAUGACGAUUCUAUUAUCUACAUUGAUGCUUGUUGGAGUUAUAAAGAGAAACUGGUAUCUGAUGAUUCCAUGGGUUGUUCUUGGUGGUAUGUUAGCUAUUGGAUUGUUGGUGUCGAUACUAAUUAACAGCAUUAAUUUCUAUAUUGACGGAGAUACAUUAAAUGGAACUUUAUGGCUUGUAAUAGGAUUAAUAUCACUAGUUGUCUACUGUUACAUGUGGUAUGUUUCCUUUAGCUUCUUUAUUAAUCUUCGUGAAGAGUCAGAAAAAGGUGCCUAUACGAGAGACCCAUUUAGGCGACACAAUAGGAUUUAAAUGUUAAAAUAAGGACUUCACAAUUAUUGCGCUUAUCGAAAAUUAUUUUUAAAGUAAAAGUCUGUUUUAAUUCAUUGAUAUUAUUAUUAAAAAUAGUACGAGCAAGUAUUUACAAAUAUUCCACAUGGGUCUAAUUUUUCAACAAAUCAGACUGUCUAAUAAAAUUUUCUAAUUAAAAUAAAGUUCUACUUCUAAAUAAUAUAUUAAUGCUUUAAAACAGUACUACAAAAAGAAAGUUUCUAUAUUCCUAAAAUGUUUUAUUAUAUUUAAUUUAGUAUCCGAUUUAAGCAUUCUAAGGAACGUAAAUAGGACACAUCACAUAUUUUCGUAGAACAUUUAAAAUUUAAAACAAAAAUAAAGCUUAGUAGACAGAGUACUCAAAUGUUUUGUAGUACUAUUUACUGACCUCUCUUAUUCUCUGAAGCAAAACAGCACGCACUGGAGAGGACAGAAAUAACCAAACAAAUUGCAUAUGAAGGAGAACAGAUAGAAGAGAAAAAGGAGGAAGCCUUAAUUUUUUUAUUUUUAGCAAAAUUGAAGUACUGUCUAGACCAUUUGAAUGCAGUGCAAGGUUUACAUAAUUUGAAUUUGCAAGAAACAAAAAUAUUAGAAACCAAUAUAAAGGGAAAAAAAGUCGCUGACGAACCCAAUCAGCAAAGCUGCCCUAAAUUUGAUAUAAGAUUAUUGUGUUUGAUAAAGUUUGAUAAGAUCAAAUCCAACUAAAGCUGAGAUCUGUGCUUUCCACCUACAAGUUGGAUAGGCCAAAAGGAUUAUCAUCUGUAAAGCACACCGAAAGAUCAAUAUAUCGCAGGGUCACACACAUUUCUGAGUCGCACUACACUGAUCGUUAACAUACAGGUUCCAUUUUGAAAAAAGCUCAGGCUCCAAACCCACAGUACUAUGAUAUAGAGCGCAGAAUACGCAUUCUCAACGGCAAAAUAUGCAUGUCAGGUAUAGAAGAGAACUGCGCACUCCAAGAUAGUAGGCGCUAGCCUGAACAUACUUAUUACCAACCUCUCUGAAUAAACUCUAUAAAGCUUCAGACUCUCAUAGGAUCUACUAAUUUACCGAAAGCUCCAAACCUUCACUUGUUAACCACGAAUUUUCUUUUGGCAGACUAAAAUCAAAAAAGCGCUUUUUUAGUGCCUUUUUAGUAAAACCACCAACCUGUUCUCCACAAAAACAAACUAUACAAAUCGUAAUUUCAAGCUACUGGUAGACGUGACGCAUACUGAACUGCUUAAAACUGGUGUAACAUCGAUCAAACCAAACUGUGACUGCGGAGCAAUAUAGAAGAUGGAACAUCUACUAGCCAAACGAAAACGCAUAGAUGCACUCUUGAGAACUUAUGAACAGGCAAUCAACUAGCAUUAGGUACAGCCCACUACUGGACUAAGAAAUCAUAAUUUUUUGUACACGACAAAGGGGAGUAAGUAUUAGAAACCAAAUAAGAGCAACGUUAAAAAAAUUGGAUAUAAUAUAAUUCAGAUGACUAACAUUAUUUGACAACCUAUUACGGAUAAAAAAUGUUGCAUUGGACUACACUAUGUCGAAAAAAUCGAGCAAAAUCUAGGCGGUUUUGGAAUAUGCGAAUCAGGUGCGCAAUGCUGUGAAGAAAUGGUAUAUGACGGAGAAGAUUGGAAAAGGAAAUCAGGAAAACAGCAUCUACUUGUGUAUUAAUAUUUAAUUAAUCUUUAUUAAUAUUACAAUAAUAUUGAUAAAGAUGUAUGUAUCUCUUCUUCUUCUUAAUCUAGGCAGGACAUUACGUGUCUUUAAUAGUCGGUCACCGUUAGCAACUUCCUUAAAAGGAUUUUAAGGAUAGCUUAUGAUGUUUCCUGUACAUCUAUAGUGAUUAAACUAAGCACAAACUUGAACUAAUAUCAUAAAACCGUAUUAAUCUGCUAAUUAAACAAACAUAAUAUGGAAACUUUCUUAUUAGCACUAAAUGAAAUAUAUGUUUAUAGACUGUCCCAUAUUUGAAACGUUAUUUUUUGUCUAUGUAAAGCGGAGAUCACAUAUACAGAUACACGAUCAAGUACAAUGACCAUAAACGCGGUUUAUAGCCAUCGGUAGCGAUAUAGAAUGUUAAUAUAAAACUGAUUUGUCGCAUCGAGUAAACUAGACCUACUAGAUGUAAGAGAAGCGUAAUAUAAGGAAUAAAUAAUCUUUAGAAGCACAGAUUUCAAGCGUUACUUGCUCAGUACAAGUAUACACUUAGUUGACUCACUCCCCAUCUAAGACAACCAGGCGUAAUAUUUUGGAAUAACUCUGCGAUCCUGUCUGGACUGCCUUAGUAGUAACUGUUUCAAAGUAGCAUAAAAUGUUAUAGUUAGCUUUAAAGUGUGAUUAUUUUCUAUCAAAGUUCUUAACAAUAGCAUUUCAAAUUUUCGAACAACAUAUCGGUCAAAACUUCCUUUUAUUGAUUAUGAUGUAACUCGUCACUGUCAUCAUCUGUCAUACAGCUUUAAAUGCUGAUAAAUCUAGGCUAUUCCUCGUUUACUAAUAUUCCAAAGAUCUUCUGAUCUAAUCUGUAAUAAACAUGUAGAAAAGACAGUUACUUUCUUUUUUUUUAAUCUUUACUUUUAGGGUUAAUUAGAUGAAAAUUUUUAGUAUUGUCGAAACCAAAUUUUUUUUGCGUUCUUUUUCAUGCGAUCAAAAUAAAGAUCCGGCAAGUUCUGUCUAUUUAGACUAAGUUUUCCUGUAUAUAAGGGAGGACUUCCAUAUCUUGCGAGGCUAUUAGGCUUUGGACAUUAGGCACUACAUCAUCAUGGGUAUUCCAAUACAUUCUCUUGUAUCCCGAUCCCUUGUAAUGGAUUGUAUCCCGAUAGCAGGAGAAUACCUAUAAAACAACGUAUUUCUCCAGAUGUUAAUGCAUUGGUCAGUUUGGUUUACAAAUUGUGCAUAUCGUUGGGUUUCUUCCGGUAAGUACUUUACUGUCUCGUCAUCAAAAAAUAUACUUAAGAUAUGAAGACAUCAUAGAUUUUCAUACCUAGAAUAAUCUUAAUCUUAAUCAGUAUUUCUGCUUGAGCUCGUAGCUGCUUACCUAUAAAAAUAAACAAUUAUUUGUACAACUAAGCACCUGUUAAGUUAUUUACGAAUUCACCUUCAACUUCAUUCGCAGAAUUCUCCUCUGUAUCUGUACCAUUUACAUCUGGCGGUGUUAUAAAGAUAUUAUUGAUUUUUCUCGUUACCGUAAACCAUAUCUAGCGCUUCUGCUAACGAAAAUUCACGACUGAAAAAUAAUAUAAGGUAAUCACUCCGUAAGCACCCACCGCAACCAUAUUUACCACCGUUGUCGUUCGUGAUUUCCUAUACAUGUGUUUUCCGCUAGUGCUUCUCCAUAAAAUACAGCAAAAAAUAUUAUAUAGAGAUUGCUGGAAUAUAAUAAACGAAAUUGUAGUAUAGCGUGAUAUAAUAAAUUAAAGCCAAAACUUGUUCAUAUUUUUAAGAUUCGCCAUUUAAUUUUAAUCAACGUGACUAAAAAUAUCGAAAUUUUUUGUAUAUUUAUUUUUUAGUGAAUAAGGUAGCUUUAACCAAUUGAAUCUCUGACAGUUAUUUCCUACAGUUUAUUUUUAAUACCUG